AUGGCAGACCAGAACGAAACGCAAGGACCCCUUCCCGCGAUCAUCGUCGGCGCCGGUGUCAGCGGCCUGUUGCUUGCGCAGUACCUCCGCAAGAAUGGCAUCCCCUUUCGCGUUUUCGAGCGAGACACGGACCUUACAACCCGUGGCGUUGGCUGGGGUUUGACACUUCACUGGUCGCUUCCAGCCCUUCGAUCCUUGUUGCCCGAGGAGCUGGUUGCCCGCUUGCCCGAGGCGUAUGUCGAUCGUGCCGCCGUAGCGAGGGGUGAGGCUUCAGCGUUCCCAUUCUUUGAUCUCAGCACUGGGGAGUUGAAGGGUGCGAGCCCCCGCGCCCCAGAGAGCUUGCGUAUCAGAGUGACUAGAGAGAGGUUGCGUCGUUUGGUUGCUACCGGCAUCGAUAUCCAGUGGGGGAAGGGCUUCACCAAGUACGAAGAAAAAGAGGACACCGUCGUCGCGACAUUCGAGGACGGCUCGACAUGUACAGGUUGCGUUCUCGUCGCAUGCGACGGAGGUGCAUCCCGUGUCCGGUCACAACUCUUCCCGGGCCAGCAUGAGAGACAUCGCAUACCGGUUCGGGUCCUCGGUCUCAAAGUGUUCUUGUCCCCCGACCAAAUGGAGCCACUCCGGAAGCUGGACCCCUUCUUUCUGCAAGGAACGUCGUCUCAAAACGAUACUUUUCUCUAUUUCAGCCUGCUCGACGCCCCCGGCAACCAUGAUGACAGCUCGGAAAAGUACAGCUGUCAGAUGUGCGUUUCCUGGCCGGAUCGCCCGGGCUUUCUAGGCAAACCGGAAGCUACAGAUUUUCCGCCAACCAACGACGGUAGACUUGGACUUAUCAAGUCGUUCGCCGAGGGAUGGUCAGAGCCGUUCCGGUCCCUCGCACUCGAGAUUCCUAGUGAUACGGAUGUGAAACAUCUUGACCUUUUCGACUACCCUCCCGCAAAGGGUCUCAGGUCAAAUGGAAGAGUCGUGUUGAUGGGUGACGCUUUUCAUGCAAUGGCAAUGUACCGAGGAGAAGGUGCAAACCACGCCAUCCUCGACGUGUUGGAUUUUGCGGUGAACGUUGUGGAGAAGUUGAACACCACGUUUCCCGACCUCAGGGCUGGCUUGGACGCUUAUGAAGAUGCCGUCAUCGGCAGAGCUCGACCUGGCGUGCUGGCAUCGCGGCGGGCCUGUCUGGAUGCGCACGACUGGCCUAAGAUUAGCCCAACGAGCCCGCUCCUCAGCAAGAGAGAGAUGAAGCUUCAGUUUGAUGAAGAAUAG